GGUCGGCGGCGGGGCCGUCAUGGGGAACUGCCACACGGUGGGGCCCAACGAGGCGCUGGUGGUGUCAGUUGAAAGCCUGAAAUAAAAAUUUCUUGAGGUUCUUGAAGCCCUUCCUGUAAGAGACCUACAUAAGUCCACGGUGCAAGAAGGAACUGGUUUCUUAGAUAUUAUGAAAUUAAUAUGAAACUGCCUGGAAGACCAUUGCCAGGAAACUUGACAGUAACUCACUGUUCAGCUGAAAGAAUUUAUCAAGUGGCUGCUGUGGCUCUGAUGAGAAGCAAUAUGUGUAUGGAGGCUGGGCCUGGGCUUGGUGGUGCAUUACUGACACCCAAAGGACAUUUUUUCUGGAACUGCCAGUGCUGCAAGCAAGAGAGACAGGAGCAAUUGUGUUGCUGUCAGCGGCAUCCCGCCAGAGUGUCUUUGGAGGUUUUGACCAUCCUCUGUCGCUGCGAGAAUGUUGAGACGUCGGAGGGGGUCCCCCUGUACGUAACAGGGGUUGCACAGGUGAAGAUAAUGACUGAGAAGGAGCUCCUGGCUGUGGCCUGUGAGCAGUUCUUGGGGAAGAACGUGCAGGAGGUGAAGAACGUGGUCCUGCAGACUCUGGAGGGACACCUGCGCUCCAUCCUGGGUACCCUGACAGUGGAGCAGAUCUACCAGGACAGGGACCAGUUUGCCAAGCUGGUGCGGGAGGUGGCAGCUCCCGACGUGGGUCGCAUGGGGAUUGAGAUCCUGAGUUUCACCAUCAAGGAUGUCUAUGAUAAAGUGGAUUACCUGAGCUCCCUGGGGAAGACUCAGAUUGCAGCUGUCCAAAGGGAUGCAGACAUUGGAGUGGCAGAAGCCGAGCGGGAUGCUGGCAUUCGGGAGGCAGAGUGCAAGAAAGAAAUGCUGGAUGUCAAGUUCAUGGCAGAUACCAAAAUAGCAGAUUCCAAACGGGCUUUUGAGUUGCAGAAAGCUUCCUUCACUGAGGAGGUCAACAUUAAGACUGCAGAGGCCCAGCUGGCCUACGAGCUCCAGAGCGCCCGGGAGCAGCAGAAGAUCCGUCAGGAGGAGAUCGAGAUCGAGGUGGUGGAGCGCAAGAAGCAGAUCGAGGUGGAGGAGAAGGAGGUGCUGCGGAUGGAGAAGGAGCUGACGGCCACCGUCAAGCAGCCGGCUGAGGCCGAGGCCUAUCGCAUCCAGCAGAUCGCCGAGGGCGAGAAGGUGAAGCAAAUCCUCCUGGCUCAGGCGGAGGCAGAAAAGAUCCGCAAGAUCGGCGAGGCCGAGGCUUUUGUCAUCGAGGCCGUGGGGAUGGCGGAGGCUGAGGGGCUGAAGCUGAAAGCAGAAGCGCUCCAGAAGUAUGGAGAAGCUGCCCAGCUGGCUCUAGUGCUGGAUGCACUGCCUGAGAUCGCUGCCAAAGUGUCUGCUCCCCUCUCCAAAGUGGAUGAGAUCGUUAUUCUCAGCGGAGAGAAAGGCAGCACCAUGUCUGAUGUGAACCGUCUCCUGGCUGAGAUCCCCAACUCCGUGCGUGCCAUCACUGGUGUGGAUCUCACAAAGCUUCCUCUGUUCCAGAGAGCCACCGAGGCCAAGGAAUGAGGUUGGCCAACCCAAAGCUAGUGGAGAUCACUCCCUGUUAUGCACUCAGACAUCAACUGCCUUCAACACAUGGGAAUUCCUUUUAUAUCAAAGACAAUCCGAGUUUGGUUUGUAACUGGUGCCUUAUUUUGUAGGGCCAGAAAGAUGCAUGUCCUGUCUGCUGCUCUUUUUAUUCCAAUGCUGAGAGAGGAUUUAUUUUCUAAUUAACUUUGUGUUGUCUCAGGCCAAUCCCAUCCCCAGUUACGACUGGCAGCUUGUCUUGGUGUUGCAGUCCCUGUGCCUUGCUGUUCUCUGCCCUGGGGUGAGCACCUGGGACUUGGAGCAGAGGCUUGGGAUGGGGAGUUUUAGGAAUAGAAGCAGGACCCCCCUCCCCUGGGCUCCUUGCCCUCUCUCAGUGACCCUCCUGGGCCCUGUCCCAGCCCUGCCUCUGCCCACAGCUGUCCCUGUGGCUGGCUCUCCCUGUCCCUGUGUCUCACCCCCAGGGCCCCCACAGUGCCAGCAGCCCUGCCCAGGCUGGCUGGGUGGCAGUCAACACCCAGGAAGGUGACAAUCCAACACUAGCAGUGGGUGCUGCGUUCUCCCAUGCUUGGGGAAUUUUCCUCAUAGGAUCUGAAGCAGGGGGAGCUCCAGGGGACAGAAGGAGCCCACCUCAGCCCUGGUGAGAACUCACCACCACGAAUACCAAAAAGUAGCGCUGUGCCAAAGCUACCCAUCCCCUGAGAGGGCAGUGAAGCCACUGUGGCUGCUGUCCCCAGGUGCUGUGACACUUCUGACCCCACAACUACUCAAGCAGAGUGGUGGUCAGAGGUGGGUGGGGGACCAGCAGGACACUGCGGCGGGGACAGGCCCCUCCAGCACAGCCUGUACAGCUGCCCCUGCCUCCCUCCCUCCUUCCCCCUGCCUCUUAUGGCCAGUGGCUUUGCUGCCUUGUGACAAUGUGAAGGAGAUUGUCCCCCGUGUGUGCCCGUCCUCCCCACAGUGCCACCAGAGCCCUGUGCUGGCCCUGCCCUCCCCAGCGUGUCUCAGUGCCUGUGUUCAGUGCGGCUGGCACAGCUCAGUGAGUGAAGCCAGCCUGGCACUGCUGGGAGCGUCCUGCCCCCCCAGCUCGGUGCCCCCACCCCGUGCCAUGGGGCAGCUGCAGGUCCCUCCGGGUGCUGUCCUUUGCCAGGAGUGACCCCCGGCGGGUUCUGGCCCCCCGUGCCAUGGGGCGGGGGAGCGGCGCUGUCGGCGUUAUCGGGCCCGGCCUGCGCUGCCCGCAGGCGGCGGGCGCGGAUCUGGCGCGGGCCGGGCAGGCGUGCCGGGCCGGGCCGGGCCCUAUCUGCAUGUGCCCGCCACCCUCUGCUGUGAGAUAAUAAACCCUUGUCACCUCCUGCCGG